AUGGAUUUUGAAGAAAAUAUAAUUAAAAGGCAAAAUUCUAGUGAAUAUUUCGACACCGUAAUCGGUCACAUUGAAGAUAUUGUGAUCGGUGAAGAGUUUCAGCGUAUGGUCAAUCAGUUCAUGGAAAGUUAUUACUACGAGUUCGAACCGGGCGAGGAGAAUAAAAUUAUUUACACGGAAAUCUACCAAAAAUACACCAACAUGAUCGAGGCACAUAUCGUAGAGCAUCUGAAUCGGAAAAUGAGCUGCUUCGAUAUGGAUUUGUUUGCCAUGGAGCUGGAAAACAAAAAGACGCAACUGGAUGGAGAAAUCUUUGAGCUGCUGUACACAUUAACAGACUUUCUCGCCUUUAAGGAUAUGGUAUUGGAUUACAAAGCCUUUAAAGAAGGUGCAUACGAUGAUCUUAGCAAGGGAAUCAGCGUUACUGGUUUGCAAAAGUAG